AACAAAUUCAAAACGGCGAUAUGAAAAAGUGAAGGAAAAAAAAAUUUUCAACUCAAAAGAAAAUUCUAUACUUUCAAGUGAUUUAACGCAAGCAAUAUAUGAUUCUUUAAUUUCAAUACCGGAACUUGAUGAAAAUUUGGAGGGUGAUACUGGAUUUUUUUUUGAGUAUUGUGUUGAUUUUACAGAUCUUCAAGGAAGCGAUUUAUCUGAAUCUUAUAUCGCAAAUAAACUUAUUGAAAAUGUUCAAGCUGGCGAUGGAUAUCAUUAUAUCUAUUAUACCAAAAUUACUCACAAAAAAAUAGUCACAAUUAUUUAUCGAUAUAACUGUCGUAUAGAUACUGUUAAAAGAUUGCGGAAAUAUUUGGAUAAAGAAAAACAACGUGAUACAAUACCAAGACUUAAUAGAUAUGAUUGCAAUGGCAAUAUUUCUAUUAAAGUUGAUAUUGAAUGCAAGCUUGCAGUUAUUAAAAUAAAUCAUCAACUUUUACAUAUGUGA